UCCAGCCGAGCCUCUCCUGAAGUCGGAGAUGCACACACAUGAGGUCCGCCCGCCUGGGUGGUCUCUCUACUUUAGUGAGCUGUUGCUAAGCAGCUAAUAAUAGUCGUGUUUGCUGAGUAAUUUUUGCCCUUCUGGAACCAAUCAGAUCCAAGAAAGUCCUGCAAUCUGACAGCCCCAGAGGCGGGAUCUGGAGUAUUUUUCCCCGACUCCCCUCCUCCUUCUCUGCCUCCAAAUGGAGAGAGGUCUUUUUCUCCCCUUCUAUUGAAUCUCAGAGUUGGCCGUGACGCGCGGCCCAGGGGAAGACUGCAGAGAUCUCAUCAGAAUGCUGCGACCAUCGAGCCCUCCAAGCCGAAGACUCGUGUAUGGGAAUCCCAUUUGCGCACGCCGCGCUUUCUGAGAGAAACCUUCAGCUUUUCCCAGAGAAUCGGUGAAUGCGGUGAGCGCGCUGGAGACCUCCGGAUCACGCAAUGUUGGGAUGGAAGGCGCAGACUUUGACUCGCCGUCUCCAACUGGAGUAUGAAGUCCUCCUUCACGGGUGUGAGAGUGAAUCUCCGUUGCCUUGGGAAAUCGCUACACGCUUUCGGGGAUCUACUAUAAAGUGGGAAACGGUAACCACCGCGCAGUCCCCGCAACAUGGCCUCGGCUGCUAAUGCGCCCUCCGAACAGGAAAACAGAGACCCUGAUCGGCCGAGGAUAACGCGGAGGAACAGGGGGGACUCUACCCGCAACACACCGCUGGAUUUGGAGUAUUUACAGCGACCGAGUUACUGCGAUGCGGGCUUUGCGCUGGAGCAGAUCUCAGAGGGGAAGGCGACUGGGAGGAAGGCACCUCUGUGGCUCAGAGCGAAGUUCCAGAGACUUUUAUUCAGGCUGGGCUGUUACAUACAAAAGAACUGCGGAAAGUUUUUGGUUGUGGGGCUCAUGAUUUUUGGAGCCUUUGCUGUGGGCUUAAAAGCAGCAAAUUUGGAAACGGAUGUGGAGAAACUUUGGGUGGAAGUUGGCGGGCGAGUAAACCAAGAACUGAAUUACACACGGCAGAAAAUGGGCGAGGAGGCCAUGUUUAACCCCCAGCUGAUGAUCCAGACGCCACGCGAAGAGGGAGCCAACGUUCUGACAGUGGAGGCCCUCCUGCAGCACCUGGAGUCAGCUAUGCGAGCCAGUAGAGUUCAUGUUUACCUUUAUAACAGACAAUGGAACUUGGAACAUUUAUGUUACAAAUCAGGAGAAUUAAUCACAGAAAAUAUUAUUGUGGAUCAGAUGAUCGAAAAGCUUCAUCCCUGCCUCAUCAUUACCCCUUUGGACUGUUUCUGGGAAGGAGCUAAGCUCCAGUCUGGAAUGUUCUAUCUCCCAGGUAGGGGCUAUUUACAGUGGACCAACUUUGACCCUAAGCAGUUUCUUGCGGAGUCAAAUUUUCCCGUGGAAAGCUUUGAGAGCAUGCUGGAAAAGGCAGACAUUGGACAUGGCUACAUGGAUAGACCCUGUCUGAACCCCGCUGAUCCCGAUUGCCCCCUCACUGCACCCAAUAGGAACUCAACAAAGCCUUUCAAUGUGGCGCGGGCCCUGAGCGGCGGCUGCCACGGUCUGUCCAGAAAGUACAUGCACUGGCAGGAGGAACUGAUUGUAGGAGGGACCACCAAGAACGGCAGCGGACCCCUGCUCAGCGCUCAGGCCUUGCAGACCAUGUUCCAGCUGAUGACUCCCAAGCAAAUGUUUGAGCACUUUCGGGGCUACGAGGAGGUGGCCCACAUCAACUGGAACGAAGAAAAGGCUUCUGCUAUACUGGAAGCCUGGCAGAGAAGAUACUCCGAGGCAGUGCUGCAGAGUGUGGCAGCAAACUCGUCUCAGAGGGUCUUGUCUUUCACCACCACCACUCUGGAAGAUAUCCUCAAGUCUUUUUCUGAAAUCAGCGUUAUCCGUGUUGCCAGUGGAUACCUGCUGAUGCUUGCUUAUGCGUGUCUGACCAUGCUGCGGUGGGACUGUGCCAAGUCUCAGGGUGCCGUGGGGCUGGCGGGGGUCCUGCUGGUGACGCUGUCUGUGGCAGCUGGUCUGGGGCUCUGCUCCCUCCUGGGGAUCUCCUUCAAUGCAGCUACCACGCAGGUUCUCCCCUUCUUGGCUCUGGGAGUUGGAGUGGAUGAUGUCUUUCUUCUGGCUCAUGCCUUCAGUGAGACUGGACAGAACAAGAGGAUCCCAUUCGAGGACCGCACCGGAGAGUGUCUAAAGAGGACGGGGGCCAGCGUGGCUCUCACCUCCAUCAGUAACGUCACAGCUUUCUUCAUGGCCGCCCUCAUCCCUAUCCCGGCACUCAGAGCCUUUUCUCUACAGGCUGCUGUGGUGGUGGUCUUCAACUUCGCCAUGGUGCUGCUCAUCUUUCCUGCCAUCCUGAGCAUGGAUCUCUACCGCAGAGAAGACAGACGCUGUGAUAUUUUCUGCUGCUUCUACAGCCCAUGUGCCAACCGUGUGAUUCAGAUUGAGCCUCAGGCGUACCUGGAUGGGCCAGAGGCAAACCGCUACAGCCCUCCGCCAUCAUAUCACAGCCCUCCUCCCUCGUAUCACACACCUCCCCCAGGCUACAGCAGCCCCCCUCCGUCCUACAGCAGUCACAGCUUUGCUCAUCAGACCCAAAUCACCAUGCAGUCCACAGUGCAGCUCAGGACCGAGUACGAUCCACGCACCCAAGCCUUCUACACCACCGCGGAGCCCCGGUCCCAGAUCUCAGUUCAGCCCAUGAACCCGCCCCCUACCAGGGUCAACAGUGAUUACCGCAAUAACAACAACAACAACACCGGCAGCAGCGGCGGCAGCCUCAACAGCGGAAGCCGGGGCAACGGCGGAUCUCGAGGCCCCGCCACGUUCCCCCAACACUUUUCGGCACCUUGUGCCGCGAUGCCGGCUUCGGCCUGCCCCGCUCCCCAGGGCGAUACCGCCUCAUCGGUCGGACACAUUCCUGAGAGCAACAGUUCCACACGGGAUCUUCUGUCCCAGACCGGAGAGGCCUCUUUUGGCCUGCACUGCUGGGAGUCGCCCUGCUCUCGCUGGACGCUGGCCUCAUUCGCCGAGAAGCACUACGCUCCAUUCCUUCUACAGCCCACCACCAAGGUGGUUGUGAUCGUGGUGUUCCUCUGCCUGCUUGGCGUCAGUUUGUACGGGACCACCCAAGUGAGGGACGGCCUGGAGCUGACGGACAUCGUACCGAGGGAGACCAGCGAGUACGACUUCAUCGGCGCCCAGUUCAAGUUCUUCUCCUUCUACAACAUGUACGUGGUGACGCAGCGAGCCGAUUACGCCAAGAACCAGCAGCUCCUGCACCAGCUUCACCAGAGGUUUCAUACUGUUCGCUACGUGCUGAAAGAGGACAACGGCCAGCUGCCGCGCAUGUGGCUGCACUUCUUCAGGGAUUGGCUGCAAGGACUCCAGGAGGCUUUUGACAAGGACUGGGAGGCCGGUCGCAUCACCCACAGUAGCUACAAGAACGGUUCUGAUGACGGCAUCCUGGCGUACAAGCUAUUGGUGCAAACGGGACGCCGAGACAAACCCAUUAACUUUAAUCAGCUUACCCGUCAUAGGCUUGUGGAUGCAGAUGGGAUUAUCAACCCUGGAGCCUUUUAUAUCUACCUUACUGCCUGGGUCAGCAAUGAUCCUGUGGCAUACGCUGCCUCGCAGGCCAACAUCCGUCCACACCCUCCUGAGUGGCUCCACGACCAUACAGACUCCAUGCCCGAGACACGCCUCAGCAUUCCUGCUGCUGAGCCUAUUGAAUACGCACAGUUCCCCUUCUACCUCAACGGGCUCAGGGAGACGCCACAGUUUGUGGAGGCCAUUGAGAGCGUCCGGGCCAUCUGCAGCAACUACAGCAGACAAGGCCUGCCCUCCUACCCCAACGGCUACCCUUUCCUGUUUUGGGAGCAGUAUGUUAGUCUGCGUCACUGGCUUCUCCUGUCCAUCAGUGUUGUGCUCGCCUGCACCUUUCUGGUCUGUGCCCUUUUCCUGCUCAACCCAUGGACGGCUGGGAUUAUUGUGUUGGUGCUCUCUCUCAUGACGGUGGAGCUCUUUGGCUUCAUGGGGUUGAUGGGAAUCAAGCUGAGUGCGGUUCCUGUUGUCAUUCUCAUCGCCUCUGUGGGCAUCGGAGUGGAGUUCACGGUCCACGUGGCUCUGGCGUUCCUGACAGCCAUUGGGGAUCGUCACAAGCGGGCAGUUCUGGCGUUGGAGCACAUGUUUGCUCCAGUGCUGGAUGGAGCUUUUUCCACUUUGCUAGGUGUCCUAAUGCUCGCAGGGUCUGAGUUUGACUUUAUUGUCAGGUAUUUCUUUGCAGUGUUAGCCAUUCUAACAGUUCUGGGAGUACUGAAUGGAUUGGUCCUUCUUCCAGUAUUAUUGUCGUACUAUGGACCCUAUCCAGAGGUAUCACCAGCAGAUGGCCGCAGUCGGUUGCCUACUCCCUCUCCGGAAGCCCCUCCUCACAUGGUCCACUUCUCAGUCCGUCCUAAUCGCGCAACUGCGGCCACCACCUCUUCAGGUGCAGCUUCAGACUCAUCAGACUCGGAGUACAGCUCCAACACCACAGCCUCUGGGGUCAGCCAGGAGAUGCAGAAUUACAACCUCCCCUCCCGAAGAGGACAGAGCCGGCCCGUGGAGCAGCAGUACCACAUCCGGACCAGCAGGGGCAGAGCAGCCAGGACCGAGGAGGAAAGAAGAUCAGGAUCAGGACAUAGGCGAUCGACCAGAGAGUCUGAUGCACCAGCCUAUACUGUGUCUUCGUCUGUUUCCUCUCAGGGUUGCGAUUCUGGGCUCCAGCAUGGGGGUACGUGGCGAAAUAGCAGCAGGGACCCCAGAAGCCAGAUGCACUGGAAAGCCCCGCCCCCAUCCUGCCCGCGCAUGGAUGCUUUUGAAGCUGCUACUGAGGCCGGGAGCCAUCACGGCUCCCACAGCCAUAGAGAACGCUCAGCGGGCCACAGGGGCCGCACUUCCCACAUCCCUCAGCCCAACCACCACCCCCCACCACUCAACCCCAAUCCCACCCCAUUUUGCCAACCCAUCACCACAGUAACAGCAUCCGCCUCAGUCACCGUUGCUGUUCACCCGGGCCCCCUCUCCAGCCAGGACCCGGCUUCCUCUCACCUGGGGCACACUGCGACAGACAGUUACAGCUCGGAGCAACCAGAGCCUGCAUUCCAGGACCCGCAUGUGCCGCUGUACACCUACACAGGAGCCAGAGGAGUCCAGGAGGAGGCUGUGGAGCUUCAAGAUUUGGAGUUUGAGGCAGCUGAGAGCAACAAUGGCAGGCAGCCUAGCUGAGUUCUGGACAACAGAAGCACUAUGGCCAAAGACGGACUACUCUGUAUUAAUAAGCAGCUGACCCAGCUUGGCAGCCGGUCUUCGCUUCACCUCACACGCUCCAGCCCAACGCAGCGAGAAGCUUGCCAGUGUUGCCAUAAUGGUGCUCAUUGUUACUGUAUCCCAUCAAACCUUUUUUCUUAGAUAUUUCUAUCUAUAUUUAAAAGCUGUAUACAUAUGUAAAUAUGAACAAAAAGUAGAUAUAAUUUUAGGAGCUGUACAAUUCCUCAUGUUAGCUGGUGUGUCUGGUUGUGUGUGCGUUUGUAUGAGGGAGAUCUCUGAUUACCUUUCAUCUGUCUGUGGAUCUGUGCCAUUUGAAAGCUUCAUCACACAAAAACAACAUUUUCAACAUUUAUUACUCUAUGCAAAUGUCUCUCAAAGCAAGUGUCUAAAUAUGUUUGUGUGUGAGCAGCGCUGGGCUGUAUGAUGUGAAACCAACCUCUUCAUUCUCUGCCUUAUCCGUUGGAUAAAUCCUCAGAUCAAACUACCAUUAAUACUCCUUGAAAACAUGAGGGAAUUCUUUUUUUCAAAGUUAUUGGAUGAGAGUGUGUGUGUUUAUUGUAAAAAGGUACGCGUGUAAAACUAUUAAUUUGUUUUAUCACAAACCUGUGGUAGAUAUGAAACAGUUUUAACUUGACACGCCAUGCGUGCUAUUUAAAGAUGAGCUGAUAUGAAGAAAUUUAAAAAGCUGUUUUGUUUCCUUUUUUUUGUUUGUUUGUUUUUAACGCCUUGGAACCUGUUUCUGCACUCAGCUUUGUAUCACUGUCUGGUUGUACUUUACUGUAAAAGGUUAUGAGUUGUUUUGACCCUGUCAGACUCCACGCAGGUUCUGCUCAGUUUACUGACCCUACGAGCGGUAAACGCACCUCAGAAAUCCACGCCACCUUUUACAGGAACCGACCACCGGUUCUGGAAGAGGCUGUGUCUUGUUGGAUAAGCUAAAGCUCAGACCGCAUACUGUACGACCCGGUUCAAAGCGGCACUUGACUGCAUCUCAUUUACAGGAAAAAAAAUAUUUGCUUGAAGUAGCUGUCCAUCCGAUAAGCUAGCCCGCCGAGGGCUAAAAAAGUGUAUGUCCUAGCGACGUGUUUUUUACGUGCGAGGUUAAUCAUUUGUGUAUGUAUCUCCUCACUCUGUAGCAAAAAAAAAAAACCCAACUGGUCCUAGUUUGACCACAGCUGUCCCCACUGACCUCAGCUCACAGAAAUCCACAAUUGAAUGCCAUGAAACUGAUUGGACGUCUCCCUUCAGCUGCUAAAUUGCACAGCGCUGAGCCCUGGGAGGUCAGUGUUUACUCCGCUUUAGUUCCUUCACUAGCUCCAUAUGUCAGUGCCGGCAGGCAUACCUAUAACUCCCUUUGGCCUGCCAACACACACCUCCCCUCUGAACUUCCUAGACGCAGUUCUCUUCCACUCAUUUACAUCAGCUGCUUGCAUGAAAUAGGUCGUUCUUAUUUUUGUACGUUUUCUCCAGUUGUCAUAUUGGCAGUAGUGGAGAGAACUAUAGCUGGCAACUAUUUUAUUCACUUUUUUAUUUUGUUUGAUUGCGAUAUUUAUAUUUUUGUAAUAUAUAUUUUUUCGAUUAUUGUGAUGCCAGUGGAUAACAAAUGCAGGGAUUUUUAUGUUUAUUGGAAAAAAAACACUAUUACAUUUUAAUGUUUUUUUUUUUACAUUAAUGGAGUUUGAUCUGUAUAAAGUGCUUACUAAUGUUAAAUAGGAAAAAACAGAGUAUAUAACUUGUUACAUUACAGGUCUCAUCAUAGCUCUUAGAGGAUUUUAAAAGGAAAAAAAAACUUUUUUUUUUGCCAGGUUUUCACUCUGGUCUUGGUUGGUGUGGAUUUAUGUUUUCAGUUACAAAGAUAAAUGUAUGCCAUAUAAUUUAUUUAUAUUAAAUUUUAUUUUUGUAGUGUACAUAGUAGUUGUCAAGGUAUUUGACAGAAGUAUAUUUCUAAAGAGUUUAUAUGUAAUGAUAUACCAUAACAGAAAAAAGCCUUAAGGUGCACACUUUCAUUGCUGACUGUUGUGAAAGACAACAUUGACACCUCCCCUUCAGUAUUAUGUUCCGAUCCGAGGAGAGACACAGCUGUUUCUAUGGGUUUGUCAGAAGCUAUCCAUGAAAGUAGAAAGUUGUACUAGCUCUCUAAUUAUUAAUGUUCAAACACUGAUAGAAUUCUAACAAAUAAAAAUAUAACUUAUUUGUCUCUUUGUUGAUAACUUUUAAUAAAUGGAAACUCCAAAAGAUUGCAUUUUUUCUGCCUCUUUGUUCGUAGCAGGUAAACCUCCCCUCCCUCCUUCCAGCACCUCCCUCUGUGUAAAACAUCUGGUCCAGAGGCCUGCAGCCCUCCCCUAAAGCCCACCCAGCUCCGCCCCUGCAGCCCAUACCACCACUCUGUAUUCUGUAUGAUUUUGAUUGACAGCUUUAUAGACUGCAAGGAAAUUGGUUGUAGUUACAAUACAGCUGGCCUGUUCAAAGUAAUGAAAGAGGGCAUGUGGCCUUGAGCUUUGCUAUACCGAUGGUGAAAGGGAGCGCACCUUGUCAGCUGCAUGGGUGGCAGCAAUUUACUCUCAUACUAAAGGCUGGCAGGGAAAAAAAAAAAAAAAAAAAAAA